AUGUUCAGACCUAACAAAUCAAAAUCAAACGCAGAUGAGAAUGGUAAUGUACUCAAUGGAGGACAAUCUAUGGAGCAAUCAGAACAGAGAAUGGUUAAUCGAGCCGUGCGAGAAGAAAAUGGAGGGGCAUUUCACCAGAAAGGGAAAAAACACGAUGAUGAUACUGUGGAAGCAGUUAGGUCUGUCGAGGAGGACGAUUCGAAUGAUCAUAUUAGGUCCUCAAAGUCAAGCGCUAUUGACCAGGAGCGUAGUGAUAGUAGAUCAUUUGCUACAUUAAAUACUAACAGCAUUUGUGCUGCGAUUGUCAAAAGACUUCCUUUGCAGGACACUUUUAUUGAUAAUUUUUCAACGCGUUCGGCAUUUGUUGUUGAGCAGAUGAAGGGGGUGGAAGAGCGUGAACAAGCAUUAGAGAAUCGGCGUAAACAAGGACAAAGCACUAGCUUUGAGGGGGCAACGGAGAAGAGCAAUAUUGUAACAAAUGACACAAUUAUAUUCCAAGGUUCAACGGUUGGUAAUAAUUACCGAUUUGCUUACGAGCAUUAUUCUGCCGACCACAUGCGAAUCAUGGACAAGAAAAUUCCUGUUUUCAAUUACAAAAGACAGUUGAUCUCUGUUGAUCGUACAUUGAAACACGAUACUUUAGUUUUCCCCAGUUUGCAAUCGUUUGAAUUAUUCAAAGAGUUACGUGCUGGUACUGGGAAGGUAGGCAAGGAAUCGUCUACCGAUACAAAUAAGAUCGUGAUAUCAACAAGUGGAGCUCCCCAAGUAGAUAAUGAUAAGAACCAUAUUAUUCCAAUCAGCUACAAAGCUAAAGGGCAGGGCUUACCGCUUUUGAAAAUGCAAAGUACACGUAUGCAUUCUUUUCGUAAAAAUGAGCCACAGCUCACGUUCAGAAAAUUCAAAGAAAAUGUAACUCAGUCAAUCAGAAUUGAUGAUGGAAGCGAUUUCGAGACUUUUGAUUACUGCUUCGUGUAUCAUAAAUCAUUUCAAAAUUAUGAUCGAUCCAUAUUUGAAUUCUUGCCCAAUACUUCGUCGUGUUUCAAAGUUGUGAUGUUCCAAGCAAGCUUUAAACCAUUUGCUGAUUUCAAUUACAAAGGAACCCGGUUCAGAGUUAUAGGCACUUCGGUCCCGAAUGGGUUCCAUAGCAUGAAUAAUCAACAAAUGAAGUUGCUUGUCAUUGGUGAUGACCAGCCAUCUCUUUGUGAUGAUAUAGUCAAUGACAAACCAAAGUCGGGAAAGUUGAGCUUUUCACACUUCAAGAAAAGGGACAAGGGCAGCUCCUCAGCACAUGCGGUAUUUGAUAUCAACGAUGCAAAAACGUACAUCAACCCAAUCCCGAAACCUGAAAAGCUUGUUGAAGUUUUGAAGUUGUGUUGCGCUAAUCGGCUUUCCUUUAUUCCAAAAAGCUUAGUACCUUUUGGAGGCUUGAAAGGGGUGGCUUCUCCCAAAUCGCAGCUUGGUCUGAUAUCUUUGAAAUAUAAGGAUUUAGAGAUUAUUGAACUUUAUCAAGAUUUGCUGGAGUCAAUGGCGGCGAUGCCUUCACCAAGUGAUGGCACUGCUGAACAGUCGUUUUUGAAUUGUACAUUAUCUGUUGACGACGAUACAUUGGUCCUUGCAGUAAUUUUCACAACAUUGAAGGAAAUUGCUAUUGAAACAGCUGGAAAGAACAGUUCAGCCACAGUGAGAUAUCCCAAAGGUGUUCAAUACCUUCAACAGUAUGGAGCAAUGUAUUGA